AUGAAGAACGGAAGUGCCUAUCACUAUGAAGUAUCUCAUAUACUUGGUAAAGGUGGCUUUGCCACUGUUCAUGCUGCACGUCGUAAAUCUGAUGAACUUCUUGUAGCAUGUAAAAUGAUCGAUAGAAAAAAACUUGAACAAGAAAAUAAUCAUUAUUUUCCAUCGUAUCCAAAUCAUCGUCAUCCAAUACCGAGUUCACGUUCGACAUCGAUGCUCGACAGAUUGAAUGCUGAGAUCACAAUUCAUCAUCAAGUUAAACAUCCGAAUAUAGUUGAAUUAUUGAACUGUUUUUGUGAUGAUAAAUAUGUUUAUCUAAUACUUGAGCUAUGUUCUAACGGUGAUCUUGAACAUUAUUUGCAAGAGAAAAAAACACUUAGCGAACAUGAAACUCGUAACACUACCAAGCAAGUUGUGGAUGGUCUUGUCUAUUUGCACAGUCAUGGAAUUUUACAUCGAGAUAUUAAGCUUUCAAAUUUACUUCUGACCGAAACAUUCGAUGUGAAAAUUGCGGAUUUCGGUUUGGCUAAAAAAUUACCUUUAACACGUGAACAAAAUAAUGAAACAAUGUGUGGCACACCUAAUUAUAUAUCUCCGGAAAUAGCAAGUCGAAAUCCACAUAGCUUUGCAACGGAUGUAUGGUCAUUAGGUAUUCUAAUUGUUACACUACUAACAGGACGUCCACCCUUCGAUACUGACACUGUUCAUGGAACAUUGAGUAAAGUUACACAAGAAAAAUAUGAGCUACCAACAACAUUCAGUGACGAGGCUCAAGAUCUUGUGAAUAGCACAUUAAGAAAAACACCUGAACAUCGACCGACAAUAAUGGAAAUUCGGUCUCAUCCUUUUUAUACAAAGGAAUAUUCUCGCUCAUCGCAUUCGUAUAACGAAUCUAAUAGCUAUCAAAAAUUAUCAUUGUUGGGCCCGAAUGCAUCUGUUGAUAGUGGUCUUGGAGUGUCGAUGGGACGGCAACGAUCUGUAUUGAACAGUACUUCAGUGACAAAUACAAAUUAUGCUGCUCAUCAAUAUUCAUCGGAUCCAGUGUCUUCUCCAACUCCGUCUCAUCACGCUACGCCAAUCUAUAUGAAUACGAGUAUACGUAAUAAAAUUCCACACGAUGUUUUUGUAUAUCCAGUUUUUACUUCUACACCUGCUCAACAACAACAAUCUAUUCAUGGCCGACAAAGUCCAUCAUAUGAUAUGCAUUCAAAUCUAACCGAUUGGCUUAGUAAUGGUUCACACAAUGUAAAUGAUCCUCGUCCGGAUAGUGCGACAUCAUCGGUCUUGUCUCGAGAUAGUGGGGUUGCACGGUCUGAUCCAAAAUCUUCACGUGAUUUUAGUGCAAAAUCUGAAUCAAGUUCUAAAGCGUCCCUUCACAAUAAUAAUAAUAGUAAUCAUUUUAUGUCUAAUAAUUACCCAUCAACAUUAUUACGCAAUGGAUUACCAUCAUUAUCAUCAUCGAAUACUAUUCAACGUUUAUUACAACAACAACAACAGCAGCAGCAACAACAACAACAGCAACAACAGCAACACCAAGCAACAUCAAAUUUCGAUGCAAACAGUGAACAAAUACGUGAAAAGCUUCAACCAUUGAAUGCACAACGAUUAAAAACACUCCGUCAGGCAACAAAAUCAUUUAUUAUGAGCAUUAUGGACAACGGUGAAGUUGUACUUGAAACGAUGAGAACAAAGGGAACAAAACGACGUAUUGUUGAUGUAUUUCGCGUAUCAAAUGAUGGCUUACGUAUAAUAACCUAUACACCUAAUAGUCGCCAUGGUUCACCUAUAGCUGAUCAUCCACCACCGAUACCACGUGAUAAAAAUGCCUAUCAAGAAUAUGAAUUCGAUAAAUUACCACCUGAAUAUUGGAAAAAAUAUCAAUAUGCACAUAAAUUUGUUACACUAGUUCGAUCACGAAUGGCAAAAAUCAUACUUUACACACCAGAAGCAAAAUGUUCAUUAAUGGAAACAGGCGUUGAUUUCGAAGUUGUUUAUGUGUGCGGUGUCAAAAUUUCAAUAUAUCGAGAAAAUUUUAAAUAUGAUGAUCCAUUGAAAAUAAAAAUAAGUAAUAAUAUUGAUAAAUCGGAAUCAUCACUAGAUUUUGAACGUGUUGCAACACGGAAUAUAUCUGCUGUUGAACAUUUCAGUCCGGAAAUACGCCAAAUGCUUGAUAAUGCAAUUACGUACUAUUCAUUUUGUUUAUCGAAAGAUCAACUUCUUGAAGAUAAUCAACGACAAUUUCCAUCUAUUCAAGCUUUUCCAGUUCAAUUCGGAAAAAAACAUGCUCAACAAUCGGAUCCCAAUAGACCAGGUUCAGCUUGUUCUAUUGGUCGUUCUCUUUCUCAACAAUUCGGUGGUUCGUCUUCAACCGUAAAUGAACUAUGUAUCGCAGCUCAAACAUCCGCUGGUGCACCGCUAUCAAUGACAUCUACUCGACGUAUAUUUGCAUCUGAUACUGAUGUGCGAGGAGUGAGAAGUUCAUCAUCGACAACGCCCAUGUCGUCAACGGCAAAUAUAUCUAACGCGAAUGUUCAUCAUUCAACAUCAUCAUCAACAUUACGUACAGCUGGUUAUCAUCAUCAAGUAACUUAUACACCUCAAACAUCAAUAUCGCGCCCACUUUCUAUUCAUCCUCAACAAAUAUCUUCACCGUUGUAUGCACCAGAAAAUUUAUCGUCAUCAUCGCUAUCGAAUCGCCAGCCAGCAGCAGCAGCAGCAGCAGCAGCAACAACAACAACGGCAGCAUCAACAAUAAACAAUAUGAAUCAUAAUUAUACGUCUUCAACGUCAUUGAAUUCUACGGCCAGUGGCGGAACAAUAACGACAACUACAAAUCCUGGUUUAAUGCCAACAAAUUCAUUGUCAAUUAAGUCUAUCGAUCCAUUAUUAAAAGGAACCUAUCGUGUUACAUUUAGUGAUAAUAGUACGAUGAUACUUCGAGCUGAUUGUACCGACGGACAAAUGUUUAUUGAUACUCAAGGUAAACGUUAUUUAUUUGAUCGAAGACAACAACAUCAGCCAGAAGCAAUUCAAGAGCGCUUAGCACUCAUGCAUCAAGAUCAUCCAGCAGAUGUUGAUUAUACUACAUCUCAACAACAACAACAGCAACAGCAACAACAAUAA